CGUGUUAUUUGACUUGACAGAUGGCGGGCGGGAGACGCUCCUCUCGGCUGUCUCCCUCGGUCCGUUGGUCCAUCCUGGUUUCCAUUGUCUCCCCUCUUUCCACUCCUUGAAGACAAGCCCGAGAUGACAACAUAAACUUCCUGCGCUCCUCUUUUCCGCGGCGUUUCAUUGGAGACUUAACCUGGAAAACGAAUUUCACAACCAUGUUUUCCUCCGAAAUCUGGACAUGUGGUAUUUUCUGUUUUUGUUUAUUUAUUUUUUUCUCCCCCAUGUGAUCUUUGCUGCUGUAAAGGAGGCUGCGAUCUUUGCUCACCCAAAUGUGGCUGUUUAAAGAGAAUCUGCUGUGGAGAUGAACCGGAGGAGGAGGAGGACUCAUCAUCCAGAGAUCUUCUGCUUCUUCUUCUUCUGAGAGAAGAGGAGAGGAAGAGCUAGGGACCACUUUCACUUGUUUACUCCGCCUGGAAACAAAUUAGGCUUUUCUAAUAAGCCAUAACACAAAGUGGUGCUUAAUUGCAUUACUAAACAAGCGAUCUAAUCUGAAUAUCUCCAUCUAAUACCAACAUUUGGCUCUAACUCUGCUUUAAAUGAUGGGGACGAGAAUGCAGCCUUACUGGAAUUAGUAGGUCAGGGGGUGCUGGAGUGGACACGGCUUUUUGGCACCUUUUUUUCCCUAAAUAAACCAAGCCCUGAUUUAUUUGUCUCUAGGAGAUUCCUCCAAUUGUCAGUUAAAAUGCAUCCCACCAGCUGAAUCAUUUGUUGUUUCGCCCCCCCCCCCCCCCCCCCCCCCCAUCUUUGGGCCCCUGGAAAUCCAGUGGAGGCUUCAGGAGCCCCUCCGUCUGAACGAAGCAGACAGCUUUGAUUCCCCCGAGCCCCCCAGAGCACAGGGGCUGAACUGCUCGCUUUGAAGCCGCCCCUACCUGGGCUGCUGGCCAGACAGACGACCCCCCCCCCAUUCCAAAAAAAAAAAAAAAUCAGGGAAGGGAGGGAGCUGUCGGAUUGUAACGGGAGGAAUCUGGGAGCUCUCCCGAGCUUUUGCUCCACGUGGACCACCGCAGAGAGGGAGGAGAACAUCAUGGGGUGCUGUAGUGGCAGAUGCACCUUGGCCUUCAUCUGUGGCAUGCAGCUGGUCAGUGUACUGGAGCGUCAGGUGAUAGACUUCCUGGGAUACCAGUGGGCUCCCAUCCUGACCAACUUCUUUCACAUCAUUAUCGUCAUCUUGGGGCUGUUCGGCACAAUUCAGUUCCGACCGCGAUACGUCACCGGUUACGCAGCCUGGCUCGUCGUGUGGAUGACCUGGAAUGUUUUUAUCAUUUGUUUCUACCUGGAGGUCGGAGAUCUUUCAAGAAACUCUGACCUUGUCCUGACGUUUAACUUGUCCAUGCACCGCUCCUGGUGGAUGGAGAACGGCCCGGGGUGCAGAGUGACACCGAUCAGCCCCCCACCAUCUUGGGCACCGGCAGACCACAGAUAUAUAUCUAUAUCUGACUGUCUGAUGGACUUUCAGUUCAUUGAGGUGGCUCAUUCUUCUCUGCAGAUACUCUUGGCCUUGGCGGGGUUUAUCUACGCCUGUUACGUGGUCAAGCUCAUUUCUGAAGAGGAGGAUAGCUUUGAUUUUAUAGGGGGGUUUGACUCAUAUGGCUACCAGGGUCCUCAAAAGACAUCCCAUCUCCAGCUGCAACCCAUGUACAUGUCAAAAUAAACCCACUUCAGGAGAGCUGCCUCAACCAAGGAGCAUGGCUUAAAACCACACAGAGACAAAGACGAGUCAUCAAAGAUUGGAUGAGUCAUUGCUAUUCAAACAACAAAUCCACUAUAUCCUCAAGCAGACAUCCUCCAAUGACUCUUGUCUGCGAAAGGAUUUCCUGAGGAAACACUGACAUCAAGUGGCUGAAUGAAGUAACUGCAAGAAGGUCCGAUUAGAAGCCAGUGACUUGAUCCCUUGAUUUAUGCUCAUGGACACAUUUUCUAUAAAGGAAACCAAAAGGGUGCAAAAAGGCAACAGCUCAACUUUUCGGGACAUUUCUUGUUCUUUCAACAGUAGUUCCUGAGGGGUGGACGACUUAAAGCCUCUGCAGGUUGAGGAAUGUGCAAAUACUCCUGACCAAAGACAAAUUCUUUCUCAUCCUUUGCUCUUGGUGCCUGACAGGAUGAACUCUGGAACACCAAACCGCCGGUCAUGGAAUGUGAGACUCCUCUCUUAUACACCAAGAAUCUGGAAGCAGGAGCUGCAAAAAAUAAUAAAAAAAACGGAGGCUUGAUGCAAACUGGAGCUGCACACAAGCACAAGUUCCCUCUUCGGUCCUGUGGAAUGUUGAUGGCGGCGUGUCCGCUCACAUGCGCUCGCCUUACUCAUGCAUGAGGACAAGCACCAGGAGAGAGCAUAUACAUAGAAUAGAGCGCUCAUCUUUUCUACUAACAAUAUCAAUCUUACUGUUUACAAAGAAGGUUGUCGGACAAAAAGACUUGCACUUCAAGAUGGGGGGGGGGGGGUCUUUCUGUCAUAAAAGGACAAACUGUUGUUUCGUCUUUUGCCAUCUGAAGUUUUGGUCUUCCGCUCGAACGUAGGUGCACAAACACUUCUGAAGCAGUUAAAGCGUGUUGCACAGAGAGGUAAAAAAAAAAGGAUAAUAUUACAGCCUUUACAAAAAUGACAAUCAAGCCAGAAAAGUCUUGAUCUAAAAAAAAAGGCAAAAUUGAAAAUUAGAUGAUUGGAAUCACCAAUUCUUUGUUUUAUCCAUUAAUGUCUCAACCUGCCAUAGGAGGUAAAAAAAAGUAAAGAGAGACGUGGGAUCUCACUGAAACUGCCCCUUUGAUGGGCUUUAACUGCUCAAAUUCUAAUGAUGAAAGUGCAGGAACUCCUUUAGCUUCAGAAUGAACUGAAAAGGCCUCAAAUGUCUUAAUGGUGGGAUAGAAAUGCAGCUUUUUGUUAGUUGUAGUCAGUUAUAAGACCUUUACUUUGAAAGGAAAAAUUUUGAGGCCUUCUCUCUUAAUUAAGGGAAACUCUUAAAGGACAGACUUCCAUGCCGGAUCCCGCGUGUCCGUCUCUACCGGGUUCAGGAGUUGCACCGCCGAUGGUUUUACCGGAGAAAACAUUAAGUGUGCUUGCAUGAGGUUGUUUUCUGAGCUGUUGCAUAUUUAAUCUCAUGCUGCGUGUGACUAACUAGCUUUGUAAACAUGGGAACUGUCUGGUGAAUGCUCCUUGGUUUCCUUCAAAGAAUCCUUAAUGUGAACUUUGCUGUGCUUUUUUUCUAUAAAUACCAGUCUGAAGUGUCUGCAGAGUGUAGAAAAAUAGCAAAUGUAAAAGACCCUCAAUGUAACUUUGAACUUUUCGAUGUUUUUUAUUCACAUGUGGCUGUGUUUACUGUUUUUUCUAGUCGAGUACUUAUGUGCGGUGUGCUAUAAAAGUGGGACUACUUGGUUUUAUUUUCUCUAUCUGUACAGUGUGUUUGAAAUAAGAGGGUAGGACAGUGAGAGAAAUGAUGCAAUACAGUCUACGGCAUGUUAUUUAGGACAAAACUUUAAAUUAUAUCUUGACUUUAAAUGUUUCUUUUUAAUAAAUUAAACUUCUCCUGUGAAAAUAUAUUUAGUUUACCUAUAAGUUCAAAUCUGGAAAGUUUAUUAUUUCACCUUCAUUUGCACUAAAAAAAUGAUUUUUCUUUAUUUUAUUUUUAUUUAAUCAAAGUUUGAACAUUCACUGGUGCUAAUACAAGAGAAUCUGUCAGUUUUAACACGGGUACAUUAGAAAAUAUUGAUAAAACCAAGUGAUAUUGAGGGAUAGGAUGAUAGUUUUCUGGUUUGGUGGACCUGUACAGCAAACCAUGGUGUGUGCUGAUCCCUUACAAACAUUUACCAUUUAGUAAAACUGACUCUAAAAACGACCUUUUUAAAAAAUAUGUCAGGUAGUUAAUCUUUCAUUCCUACGUCUAGUUUUUUUAUGUUACAAAAAUGAUUUAAAAGCAUUAAUGCAACCUCAAAUUGAAAACAACAAAUGUCAUUUUUUUCUAACUCGGUAAACCAAAAGGGAAGCAUCCAGGCAUUCAUUAUCUAUUCUUAAUUCUGAGUACAGGGUUAAAGGGGGCUCUGGAGCCAUUCUCAGCUAGCAAAGAGCAAAUGCACAUCUUUACCUGGACAGCUCAGAAAAUAGAGCAAUUUUGAAAAAGAAAUGUGGGCAAUACAAAGUACCUCCACCCUUCAAAAGCUGGUUAAUUGAAGUAUUCUCAGCCUCUUGUGCAGGUUUUGGUGGUGUUUCUUUGUUUUGUUUUGUUUUUAAUUCCCUUCUGCUUCUUUUAUAUGAUUUGCUUCUGCACAGCCCACCAAAGCUGUCUGGAUUUUAAUUACGGGUCAGAAAACCUUAAUUCUCUUCUGUUUUGGUCCGACUUGUGUAUUUACAGCUGUUCUUCAGAUCUAUAUCUUUCUGCAAAUUUGAGAAACCUUUUGUGCUUCACAUUUCUCAGUGGAAGACAUGUAAAUAUGCAGGGAACUUGUAGUCAACUUUCAUAACUUGGGUCCUGUAGUGGCUGCAAGAAAAUCCCGCGUCAUUACCCUUCCACUGCCGUGCUUGGUACUGAUAAGUAUCAAGUGGUUCUGUUUACCUGCUGUGUUUGGGUUUCUGCUAAAAGCAUUGAAGUCAAACUCCUCUAGUUGUUCAAUAAGUGAUGGAUUUUAAUAAUCUGCUUAGACACCAGAGACUUUUUCUUGCUUUAAAUUCUGCUGUCAUGGCCUUCAAGAUAUGGAAUGAGACCUGCUGGAUCUGCAUAAGUUAACCUAAAAGGUCUGACUAUAUCCACCUGUGGACUCCAAAUUGUUUGAAAGUGGUGGAUUUAUGACCCUUUCCUGACUGAUAAUAGCAGCAGUUGUAUUAGACGCGCCUCGUCGUUAUUGUGUUGAUUUAAACCUAAAGCUCCAGACAAACCCUCUGCCUUCACAGAGGUCUGCACAUGUGUAGAUGAUUAACCACCACAGGGCUGAUGAUUUGCAGGACCUACUUAGCCUCUGAAAUGCAAUUGAAGUUGUAAAGUGCUACUUAGUAUUGCUCACAGAUUUUCUUUAUGGAUUUAUUUUUUGGUGAGUAAAUGAUGUGGUUAGAGAAAAAAAAAGUUAUUUGUGGUUUUUCUGUCUAGGUCAUGGUUGGUCAACAAUUAACUUUUGUAGAUAUUGUUUACACUUUUUAUUUAAAGUAAAGGUACGAAGUUUUGCACAUGAGCACCUCCAGAGCUUACAGUCAAUCCACCAGAAGACACAGGCGAGCCUGGUUCUGUUGAGUUGUCAGUAGAUUUAUCCCAUAGAGCUGAAGGAAGAAGAAAGAAGUGAUCUACAAUUUACAGGUUUUGCAAUAAUCACAAAUCAGUGUAGCACUGACUGUAAGUUAAUGCAUCAAUGUGACUUUAUGCCAGCAUAUCCAGUAAUUCUGUAGCUCUGGAGUGACUGAAUUUUGGUUUACAGCUGACGCCAACCAUCUAUGUACAAUAGUUUCUCCUGCAGGUGACUGUAUGAAGAGAGCUGGGAUUAAAGUAGAGUUAAGGUGGAAA